AUGGAAAAGUUAUUUGACAUUAUGAUUGAGUGUUUCCCCGAAGACAAAGAUUAUGAUAAAUUAUAUCGAGAAACUUAUGCCAGUAAGCCUGAUAUCCAACUUCAUAAUAUGGAAAAAAGACAUCAGAUGCAACUGAGAAAGAUGGGUAAAUUACACGCAAGAGAAAUUGACGAAUUCUAUGCAGAGUAUAGUAGUAAAAGGCUUUGUCCUGAUAAUUCAAUCCUCGAGAAAGGUUAUGCUGAAUUUUCUGAACGUGUAAAAUUAAUUAAUAAUAGCGUAAGCUCAAGGUCGAGAUCAAUUAUAGUUAUUGAUGAUAAUGAUGUAAAAGAAGAAGAAUAUUAUCCUAAUAUUACUAACAUCAAUAAUUCUACUAGAAGUGAUACCACCAUGCAUAAUAAAAUACUUGAUAGCAAUGACGAUAAUAUUUUUUUUAUAGAUGAAGCAUAUAGAGCGAUUCAAAAUGAAUAUUCUAAUAUGAGAAAAGCACAAUUUUUUUUGUUUGAUACAUUAAGUUAUUCCCACACAAAUGAAAAAAAUAUCAUUUUAAAAAGAUCAAACAAAAUAGAUCCAAAAUCUAAACACAUUAAUAACAUGCAAGAAAACUCAAACGCUUUGCCACAGCAAGUUAAUUUGAAUACAACAAUUAUUUCUAAUGUCACUCAACUAAUGGAUAAAACGGUAUAUAGUAGUACUCCAUCUAAUGCUAGCAAUAAAAACUUUGAUAUUGAUGCGUCAAAUGGCCAGUUUCAACUCUAUGUAAAUGAUAAUAGUGUCUCUCUUCAAUUGCCAACAAAUGGUGCAUUAUCUGUCAACGAUCCAGUUCCUUUAAAACAACAAAUGUUGGCUUCGGUAAUAGUAGAUUAUCUAGAUACUUCAAACAAUUCGUCGCCAUCUAUGUCAAAUGAUUUAUUGCAAAGGAUCAAUAGUUCCAUUGAUAUCAAUAAAUCCAAUAGCAUCAAUAGAUUCAGUAAUAUCACUCUUCCGAUGACAUGGGCUCAAUUAAUUCCUUUGAUGAAUCGGGUAGAUACUUUUGGUCUUGAAACUUAUUAUCAUGAGUCAAAAGAUCCAAGAAUUUGUGAUAAAAAUAAUCAAAAUAUAAAUAAUUAA